UCGGAAAGAAGGUUUGGAUUACAAGGAGACAAUGAGACGAAGCAUCGGUAAGCUUUUAGUGAUGAAGGAUAUUCACAGCUGGAGAUGAGCAACGUAUUUGGCCCGCGAGUUUCUUCCACCUGUCCCAGCCCAGUGGAGGCUUCGUGAUACCAAAUACUAAGGUAAGGUACCUACCUACCCGUACAUGACGGGACCUGAAGGCACAAAACCAAGGCGGAAUCAUGGAAGGCUCCAUCUCGCUCAUUCACAGAUCUGAUCCCUCCUUGACUCGAAAGUUGAAGUAGCUUGACACCGACGGUGCCUCCUACCAGUGUCAUUAGUAUUGGUACGAUAUCGAGUUAAACGGAAAGGGGUUCACUAUAAGCACAUUUGAUGAAGCAUGGGCCAACUCGAAUCCUCGCAUUUGUACGAAUUCUCAUUAAGAAAAUCCCGAAUCCUUUUCUUUUGUUUUGUUUUGUUUUGUUUUCAAUCAUUCUGUAUCUAUCUGGGAUGCUUGCUCUAAUGUCUGAUGCUUUCAAAUGCUUCGAAGCUCAGGGGCUGCUCUUCAGGGGCUGCGGUCGCAACUCCCAGUGGCUUCUAGGCAUUAGAGGGGAAAGAGUGUUCAACUCCUUCUGUACUCGGGCAUCGUCGCGGCUGACGCAACUCGCCGCUGGCCCCUUCCAUCGUUGUCAUGCUGGGAGUCAAACAACUUCAAGUCAGACACCUUGUAAAUAAACUUGGACCUUUACACACAUCUCUCAAUCCAUUCAAUCAUUAGCAACCCGCACAGUUUCAUCGUUUUGUCAACGUUAUUCAGUAUACCACCCUCUCAGCACCACAUCUUCACCCUCCCUAUUCAACAUGAAGGUCAUAAGCAUUAUUCCCAUCCACCUGUUCCUGUUCCUGCGCUGCAUACAUGCUAUAUAUCUGUCCAAAGAUGACGCUCCUGAUAUUCUCAUACCCGCUCACCAAAACUUCGAUGAACCCGUACAAUUACGCUUGAAAUGGACCCCGUGCAAUCUGGGCGUUCAAGAAUUCAAGAAAUUGGAAAAGAACAAGGCAUUCGAGUGCAGUCCUUUAGAUGUUCCUCUCGACUAUACCGACUUAUCCAGGGGCACUACGACAUUGAAUUUGAUCAAGGUCAAAGCGCCCAAGCAAUCUAAGACCGACAAAUCGUACAAAGGCAGCAUCAUCGUGAAUUUUGGUGGUCCAGGUGUUUCCGGAGUCGAGACCUUGUUGCAAAUGGACCCUGACCGUGCCCUCUCGAUGUUUGGCGGAGGAUACGACAUAGUCAGUUUUGACCCACGUGGUACUGGCGAGACAUUGGUUCCGCCUGAUGAUAAUGGAACUCUGACGCAAAUGGUCGAAGAGCUCAUCUACACCGCUCAGGAUUCGUCGUACUUCCUCAAUAAAAGCGAAGCUAUUACUGAACUUUUGAUCAGCGAUGGUUUGAAUUAUAUAAGCACUUUUACGGAAUCCUUUCUUACGAAGGACGAGGCACGGAGGUUCCGUGGCACUGCAUUCGUCGCCAGAGAUGUCGCGGAAAUUGCCCUGCAAAUAGGUAACCGCAUCAACUACUGGGGCAUUUCGUACGGCACGGUCGUAGGUCAAGUUCUGGCCGGUAUGUUUCCUGACCGUAUUGCGCGCAUGCUUCUCGAUGGCAAUCUGCUCGCCGACGACUAUGUUGACAACCUGGGGCUCGAUGGCACCAGGGAUGCAGAGAAGGCCUUGUAUCAUUUCUACGACGAGUGCAUGGCAGCCGCAAAUAAUUCAUGUCACUCGGCUAACAAGCUUCCCAAAAAACGAGAUGAUUUCCGCGAAGUCCUCAAUCGCGUCUUCAUGGUCUGCACAGGAGUUGGGGGUGGUUUAGGCAGCGUUAGAUCACUCGCGCUGAGCGGCUGGGUUCUCGGAGCUCUCUAUAGCAUUGAUGGUUAUCUUUGGCUGGAUGAACUGAUUGAUACCACUUUGGAGGGCAAUCGUUCGAUGUGCUCCCAGAGUCCUGGCUUCGGAAACUCGACAACUUGGAACCCGCUUGAGGACCUUGCCUAUCGAGCGAUCUGGUGCAGUGACGCAACUUUCCGCGCUGAGACCCCUGGGGAAGUAUUUUCCUUGUUCCAAGACGAUCAGGCCAAAGAUAACCCCUUCUUCCUCUCGGAACUACUUCAGGCCUCGGUGUGUUUUCGAUGGAACACUCACGCAGCUGAAGCGAUAAAUCUUACAAGCCUUUCAAGAGUCAAGACAAGAGUCCCAAUCCUUCUCGUCAACGGCAAAUACGAUCCGGUAACUCCCCUGGGUAAUGCCCGGAAGAUAUCUGCCAGAUUUCCUGGGAGCCAGGUUGUUGUUCACAACGGUGUUGGUCAUGGCUUCACGGCCCAUUCUUCAAAUUGCACUCGAGAUAUUGUAGCCAAAUAUUUCGUCAGUGACGAGCUACCUCCACAAGAGGUCACCUGCGAGCCGGAUAAAAGUGUCUUUGAGCUUAUCGAUGAAAAACGGAAGCAAAGGGUAAGGCUCACCGGAAAACGUAGUAUCCCGAUUCUCCUGUGGGUAGUGCUGGCUUUCUUGGUUUUUGUCUGCGUUUGUUUGGUGUUUUUGUUGUGUGGUUCGAAAUGAAACAAUGCUUCUGGGCGGAUAUAAAUUAGUAGAACAGUAUUAAAAGUACACAUUUAUUCCUUGCUGCACGCCUU